UACAAUCAUGUUUCCAUCCAGCAGAUGUUUAUUUUCAGUUGUGCUGCUUGUGUUUCUUGUUCGUUUGUGUGAUGGUGUGUUUAUAGAAAAGAAAGUGGAUCUAAGGAUCACCAAUGACUUGGGCAAUGGCUUGGAUCUAAACCUCCACUGUAAAUCCCAGGAUGAUGACCUUGGGGUUCAUGUCCUUGCCUCUCAUCAAUUCUUUGAAUUCAGUUUCCGACCAAACUUUUGGUCUUCUACGUUAUACUUCUGUAGGUUCUGGUGGAGAGGCGAGUCCCAUUGGUUUGACAUAUACGUUCAGAACAGGGAUGUUGGACGAUGCAGCAAGAAGUGCUGGUGGAUGAUAGAUCCAACUGGUCCUUGUUUACUGAAUGAUAAAGUUAAAAGAUACACUUAUUGCGAAAACUGGAAUGACCAACAGAUUCAGGGUUCAAGCCAAAUAGGGACAGGAAACAGCACAGCUAGAAUGUCCAAUGACCCUGAAUAUUUGGAAGGCAAUGAGAAAAGAGGGAAAUGAUAUCAUCAUUGUUACCUGCUCUAUGUAUGGUGAAAAUAACUUGAUGUAGAUGAUUUUCCUUAAUAACAUCGACAGGGCUCAAGAAAAUCAUUGUCUA